CAGAUUAUAAACCUUUUGUUUUACAAUCUGAGUUUAUUACCUACUAAAACUGUAGUAGAUAAGAGUCACAGCGUUCUGUACAUAUUUGAUACGAGUACAUGAAUUAUCUAUAAUAUAUACAUUGUGAUUGUGUCGUGAUUAAGUUGAUUCCCCAUAAUCAAUACCAAACUCAAUAAUAUUUCAGCAACUGAGCAUCAAGUGUGUUGACGUAUCAACUAUUAUAUAGGUACUUUUUUUUGUUUUACGAUGUAGAAGGUCGCAAUCACGGAUAUCGAGUCUCAAUUAAAAAUAAAUCAUUCUGCCAUCUAGUUGGUGUCAUUAAUUAUUAAAAUGGCGAAAGCAAAAGUGAACAAAAAGAUGGGUGCUGUAUCAGUUGAGCUACCUGAGUGUCCGGUUUGCAUGGAUGUCAUGUCAGCACCCAUAUUUCAAUGCCAAUCUGGUCACAGUAUCUGCAACUCCUGCACUAGGAUCCUACUGCCACCAAUUUGUCCAAUCUGCCGUCAAGCAAUGACUCAAAUGAGAAACUGGCAGUUGGAGGAAUUAAUUUCUAAGGCUACUGUACCCUGUCCUAAUAGAUCAUCUGGCUGUGUGUUUACCAUGGUCGCUAUGAACAUGGAAGAUCAUCUCAAGGAGUGUAUAUUCCGUGAAAUGGCUUGUCCCAUUGGGAUAGUUUUUGGACGAUGCUCUUGGUCAGGAAAGUUAAAAGAUAUUUUGGACCAUUUUAAGGAGCGUCAUUCUAACAAUUGUUAUUUGAAUACUGAUUCUGAAAUUAACAUAAAUAAUGUCUCAAUUUCUGUUGAUGAAAGAUACAUGUAUCUGAUGCCUCUAGGCAAAUUUUUGUUUAUCUUAACCUUUAAGAUUGAUACUUGUCAAAAAAUGGCAUAUUGGGCUGUGCAGCAUAUCGGAAGCAAGAAAGCUGCCCAGCAGUAUGUCUAUGGAGUACACAUUAUGAGCAAGCAAGAUGAUAAACGGCAAGUAGUAUUCUUAGAUAAAUGCUUUAAUGAUGCAUUUGAUGUGAAUGAAGUAUUCCGCCAAGCAAGAUGUGGUGUUAUGCCACUAACAAUGCUUUCUCAUUUUAUAAAGGAUGGAAAAUUAUCAUUCAGUUUUAUUGUUCAAAGAAGUCAACCAAACUUUAAAAACAAAGGGAAGGGACAUGUUACAGAAAAUAACCCAAAAAAUAAAGGACCAAAGGUUCCUGGGCCUCAAAGUGCCAGUAAUCAGUCAAGAGGUAAAAGUCCGGGACCAAUGCACUAUCAUCAACAAAAAGGCACAAAAGGUGGUCCUCAUGUUUUUAAAAAUAAUAAACAGUAGAAUGUUAAUAAAGCAAGAAAUAUAAACAAUUACUUUGAAUAUCUAUAAUAUUAAUAUUAUUCUUACUUCAUAAAUCUAAUUAGGAAAUUUAACUUAAUAAGACCCAAAGUUAUUAAUAAUAUUUCAUUCAAUUUAUGCAAAGAUAAUAAAUAAAAUUCCUGUUAUAACUUUAUAUACCUAAUACAUAAAUAUAUACAAUAAAUACAUUAUUUACUAAAAGUAAGAGAUUGCUUAGCAAGUGAAUGUUUAAGUAUGACAUGUUAUGAAUAAUAUUUUUACAUAUUAGCGGUUGUUUCUUUUCUUUCUUUUCUUAUUUUCUAAAACUUGUUUCGCAAUUUAAGGAAAAUAUGCUACAUCUUAUGGUUUCAAAUUUGUAGCUAGCUUAAACAUUUGUGAUAUCUUAAUUCUUUGUUAUGUGGUAACUAUAACUUGUAUUUUCAAACGUUUUGUCUACAAAAUUAAUUAAAACUAAUAAAUUA